AUGGAACCUAGCCCCACCCUGGCCUGGCUCCUGCUGCUGAGCCUGGUGGCUGACUGUCUGAAAGCUGCUCAAUCCCGAGACUUCACAGUGAAAGACAUAAUCUACCUCCACCCUUCAACCACUCCAUAUCCUGGUGGAUUUAAAUGUUUCACCUGUGAAAAAGCAGCAGACAAUUAUGAAUGCAAUCGGUGGGCUCCUGACAUCUACUGUCCUCGAGACACCAGAUACUGCUACACUCAGCACACCAUGGAAGUCACAGGAAACAGCAUCUCUGUCACCAAGCGUUGUGUCCCACUGGAGGAGUGCUUAUCCACAGGCUGCAGAGACUCGGAGCAUGAAGGCUACAAGAUCUGCACCUCCUGCUGUGAAGGAAAUAUCUGUAAUCUACCGCUCCCUCGAAAUGAAACUGAUGCCACAUUUGCCACCACAUCACCUAUAAAUCAGACGAAUGGGCAUUCACACUGUGUGUCAGUGAUUGUGUCCUGCUUGUGGGUGUGGCUGGGACUCACCUUGUAG